GCUAGUUUCUGCUUUCAUCCAGUUGGGGAAGGAUUUGAAUAUAAAUGAAGAAGACGUAGAGUUUACGAUGUAAGUACUUAUUCCCAAAACCAAAACUCUUCCAUUCCAGUCUGUAGAGAGCGAAAAAGCGCGCCAAAGCUAUGGCCACUAUGUUUGUAUACAUGCCAAUGCGAUCGCGUGUAUGAGAAGAAGCAACAACUGAUUUUGUUCUGCAAAUUUCAUGGGGAAACAGAAGCAACAAGUGAUUUCUCGAUUCUUUGCUCCAAAACCCAAGUCCCCAUCUCUUUCUUCUUCUUCCUCCUCCUCCGCCGCCGCCUUAACUCAGCCGACCCAACCGUUAUCACCUCCUAAGAUAUCAGCCACAGUCACUUUCUCCCCUUCCAAACGCCUCAUUUCUUCUGCACUUGCUUCUCAGUUAACACCACCCAAAUCCUCUAAACGCCCCAAACUCUCUCCUCAUACCCACAACCUGCUGCCUUCCGUCCCCAAUCCCUCACUUCACAGAAGGUUCCUCGACAAGUUCCUUGAACCCACCGAUGACUCUUUCGAACCUUCUAAUCAAAACCCCAGAACCUCGAAUGACGUUGAUCCCAAAUACACCCCUUUGGAGCUACAGGUUGUGGACCUUAAGAAGAGGUACCCUGAUGUUCUUCUCAUGGUGGAGGUUGGUUACAGGUACAGAUUUUUUGGCCAAGAUGCUGAAAUAGCGGCUCGUGUUUUGGGUAUUUAUGCUCAUUUAGAUCGUAAUUUUAUGACUGCGAGUAUACCCACGUUUAGAUUGAAUGUGCAUGUGAGGAGGCUGGUUAGUGCAGGGUAUAAGGUGGGUGUUAUCAAACAAACCGAAACCGCUGCGAUUAAGGCUCAUGGGUCGAAUAAGUUAGGCCCCUUUUGUAGGGGAUUAUCAGCUUUGUAUACUAAAGCAACAUUGGAGGCAGCCCAGAAUUUAGGGGGAGCUGAAGAAGGAUGUGGUGGAGAGAGUAAUUACUUGUUCUGUGUGGUUGAAAAUAGUAUGUUGGUGGGUAAUUUGGAAUGUAGAAUCGAAAAUGGGGUUGAUGUGAAAAUUGGGACGGUUGCCAUGGAGAUAUCAACUGGGGAUGUUAUUUAUAGGGAAUAUGAUGAUAACUUUAUGAGAAGUGGGCUUGAGGCAAUGCUCUUGAGCUUGUCUCCUGCCGAGUUACUUCUUGGGGAUCCCAUAUCAAAGCCAACAGAGAAGUUAUUACUAGGUUAUGCUGGACCUGCUUCAAAUGUCCGUGUGGAGCAUGUUUCACGAGAUUGCUUUAAAGAUGGCAGUGCACUUGCUGAAGUGGUGUCUUUAUAUGAAAACAUUGACCAAGAUAACUUAGCUGAACAUCACAACCCUGAUUCAGUGUUGGUUGGACAAAAAAGUGAUCGCACAGCAAUUAAGGAAAUAGUAAACAUGCCAAAUUUAGCUCUUCAAGCCUUGGCCUUAACCAUUCGUCACUUAAAGAAAUUUGGUUUAGAAAGGAUUGUGUCUUUGGGAUCUUCUUUUAGGCCAUUCUCAUGCAAAAUGGAGAUGACCCUUUCAGGCAAUACACUUACACAGCUCGAGGUUUUGAAGAAUAAUGAUGACGGUUCUCAAACUGGAUCUUUAUUACAGUGCAUGAAUCAUACCCUUACAAUAUUUGGUUCAAGGCUUCUUCGCCAAUGGAUAACACAUCCUUUAUGUGAUAGAGACAUGAUAAUCGCUCGUCAAGAGGCUGUGUCCGAGAUUGCUGCAUCUAUGGUAUCUUCUAAAGUAACUCAAAAUAACAGAGUGUUGGAUGAAGAAGAUUCUGAUGUAAUGGUCAUUGAACCUGAAUUGAAUUAUUUACUUUCAUUGGUGUUGACAACCUUGGGAAGGGCACCAGAUAUUCAGCGUGGAAUAACCAGAAUCUUUCACCGAACAGCAGCCCCAUCAGAGUUCAUUGCAGUUAUUCAAGCUAUUUUAUUUGCGGGAAAACAGCUUCAGCAGUUUCACAUCGAUGAAGGGGAUGACAAUUAUUCCAGUGAAAGUAUGAUUGACUCCAAGCUCCUAAGAAAGAUGAUUUUAUCCGCUUCUUCCUCUGGUUUAAUAAAUAUUGCUGCAAAGCUUUUGUCAAUGAUCAGCAAAGAAGCUGCAGAUCAAGGAGACUUUCCUAACCUAAUGAUCAUCUAUGGUGACCAAUUUCCAAAGGUUGCUAGAGCUCGGAAGAAGUCUCAAUCUGUAAGAGAUAAAUUGGAUUCUCUGAUCACCUUAUACCGCAAGCACCUUGGAAUGCGGAAGUUGGAGUUCACUAGUGUGUCUGGAAAUACGCAUUUGAUUGAGUUAGCCUCGGAUGUAAAGGUGCCUUCAAAUUGGGUUAAGGUCAAUAGUACCAAGAAAACCAUAAGGUAUCACCCACCUGAAGUAUUGGCUGCGUUAGACGAGCUCUCUCUGGCAAAUGAGGAGCUCAUGGUGGCAUCUCGUGAUGCUUGGGAUAGCUUUCUAAGUGGAUUCAGCAGAUAUUAUGCAGAGUUUCAAGCUGCUGUUCAAGCACUGGCUUCCAUCGACUGUCUGUAUUCGUUAGCAAUUCUCUCAAGAAAUAAGAACUAUGCUCGCCCAGAGUUUGUACAUGAUGAUGAACCUGCACAGAUACUUAUAUGCUCUGGACGCCAUCCGGUUUUGGAAGGUACAUUACAAGGCAAUUUUGUCCCGAACGACACAAAUUUGGAUGUGAAUGGAGAGCAUUGUCAAAUUGUAACAGGGCCAAACAUGGGGGGCAAAAGUUGCUACAUUCGACAAGUUGCUCUCAUUGCUCUAAUGGCUCAGGUCGGUUCCUUUGUACCGGCAUUCUCUGCAAAACUUCAUGUCCUGGACGGUAUAUACACUCGAAUGGGUGCUUCUGACAGUAUUCAACAAGGUAGAAGCACCUUUUUAGAAGAAAUGACUGAGACUUCACAUAUACUCCAUCAUUCCACAUCACGUUCCUUGGUCAUAAUUGACGAACUUGGGAGAGGUACAAGCACCCACGAUGGUGUGGCCAUUGCGUAUGCAGCUUUGCAUGAUCUUCUCCAGCAGAAGAAAUGUUUGGUCCUCUUUGUCACCCACUAUCCUAAAGUUGCUGAGAUUGAAAAGGAAUUCCCAGCAUCUGUGGGUGUAUACCAUGUCUCAUAUCUUACUUCACACAAAAAUCCAAGCUUGUCAGGCCCAAAAUCAACCGAGGAGGAUGUGACUUACCUAUAUAAGCUCGUUCCUGGUGUUGCAAAGAGUAGUUUUGGUUUCAAGGUUGCACAACUUGCAGAGAUACCUUUAUCAUGUAUUGCACGGGCCACAGAAAUGGGGGUCUGGUUAGAAGAAAUGGUAACAAGAAGAGCAAAACGUAAAUCCAAAGAACAGCAUUUGCAAGAAGCAUCAGCCAAGGGGUUGGAAUGGGAAAGCUUCCAGUGCUUCCUCGAAGAUGUCGCCAUGUCAGAAGAGAGAAUUGAUGAUUAUGAGGAAUUCUUUCUGUUCUUGAAAGCUACAAUAUGUUCUGCUGAUGAUAUGGGAAAAAUGUGCCAUCAAAUUUACCAAGCUAGAAACAUGGCCAUGAACUUGUUAGGAAGGUGAUAGAGAUUACUCAUCUUGGAGUGGAUAAUCAAUGAGUUUUUUUGGGUGAUCAGUGAGGAGGAAAACCCCUCGAGCUGAGUGUACAAAGGGCAUUAGUUCAGUUUGAUUUCUGUUAGUGGUUUUCAUUCUUUCUUUUCUUUUCUUUUGUGAAAGGGCCAUCGUGUACAGAAAUCCAUCUAGUUUUGUAAGAUCACAAACAGCCCAUUUUGUUGGAGGAAAUGAUGAAUUAGAUUCAUUCAUGAAAGCCAGAUUCUAAAUCCUAUGCCUUCUGUCAGAAAAGCUCUCAUUGCAAUAUAGAUAUGCAACUUCUAUUGCAACAGACAUGGUACAUUAUUGGCCUUCCAGUGGAAGUCAUUUACCCUUUAAAGUAGCUAAGAAAGAUCUCAACUCUCUUGCCUUUCUCUCAUGUUCAGGUGACUGAUCAGUUUCUGUAUCACUCAAAUCAAUUACAUCAACCUUUUGACUAUUUUUCUGUUGAAAUUUUGAAACCUUACGGGUUUGCAUUGCAGGUGAAGGGCUUAAGAGAUUUAUGACCUCAAUCCUCUAUGUGCUACAGCUACGAGCAUGAUCAACAACGAUAGGCUCAACAUCAAGAAAAAGCUCUUGGUUCCGUUCAUCAAGACCAGUAUCAGAAGUCUUUGAACUAUUGGAACCUGGGAGAGAUUAUGAACUGUCGUGCUUUCAGAUUCGAUUUCAAGCAACAGAGUCUUUUAUCAAUUUCAACCACAGCAGCCUCCAACUUUUUUGUUUUAGUUUUGCGCUUAUUUUGUUUUCUGCCUUCAGCUCUUUGCUCAAAUUCUAAAAUCAUCUUGGAAUAGGCACUGUAGAACAUAUAAAAAGAAACAAGGUGAGAAAUAAUAGUCUUAGCUUAGUGGUAGUUAAACAUUUUAGUCAACCAACUAGAUAUUUUAAUGUUAUGGAAGAAACUGAGAUGCUAAAAUAUAAGCAGUAUACUUGUAAAUAACAGAAUCAUUUCAGUAAA